AUGGAAAAGCCUAAGAUGCCUCAGACGGUAGGCAAAUAUGCCGGGCUAAGCGAUCCAGAUGAUCAUCUUAACCUAUUCAAAAGUGCGGGGGAAGUAGCCUGUUGGCCUAUGCCUCUCUGGUGCAAGAUGUUUGUCCAAACACUGCAGCGCAGGCACACAAAAGAUCGAAAUGAGCUCCUCCACAUUCGCCGGCGAGACAAUGAAACGGUGGAAAGUUUCAUCGUUAGAUUCAAUAAAGAAAGCCUGGCAAUCCCGGGUGUCACAAAUGAUCUGGCGUGUGGAGCUUUCCUACAAGGAGUAAACGACGACGAGUUGUUAAGAACACUUCAUGGAAGAGAUGGCGUGCCUCCCACCAUCGAUGAAAUACUGAGGAUAGCUAAAGUAUCCAGAAACGCCUAUUCAAGGAAUGAGUCCUCUAAACCGCGAUCCGACUACCCCAACCUGAGCAAGACACCAGCAGAGAUCAUAGCUUCAGAGAACCUCAAGUUUAAUCCUCCAAAGCUGCUGAAAGACAACCCCAACAAAGAUACAAGUAAAUAUUGUGAGUACCACAAAGGAAGCGGCCACGAUACAAACGACUGCUUUCAGCUAAAGAAGCAGAUUGAAUACUUCGUGAAAGCAGGUAAACUGGCACAUCUAGUGAGGGAUAUCAAGCAGGGCCCGCCCCCCGUCAAGGAAGAAAACGACAAGGCGGCGGGUAAAAGACCGCAAGAGCUAAAUAUUGUAUACGCAGAUAAGGGAAAAAGGGCAAAGCGGAGUUUCUCAACGCUCGAACCCUGGAUGUUAGCGACCAUGACCAUCGAGCCUCGCGUAGAAGAUUUACACCUCACCACGGAUGCUCUGAUCAUAUCCGCUGCAGUAGGGGAUUGUCACAUGAGAAGGAUCCUGGUAGAUACCGGGAGUUCAGAAGACAUUAUCUACGAACACUGUUUCAAUAGAAUGCAACCAGAAGACAAAAGGCUGAUUGACUCAGUGCACGCCCCUAUUAAAGGUUUCACAGGAGAAAAGGUUGACCCUAUUGGUCAGAUUACCUUUCCAGUCACAUUUGGACAAAACCCUCGGGAAAGGACCAUACUCCUAACAUUCCUUGUGGUACGUGCUGAGUCGUACCACAAUGUGAUCAUUGGAAGGUUCACCCUAGGAAAAUUGGACGCUAUAGUCUCCACGGCGCGAGGUUUUAUGAAGUUUCCUACCCCGCAGGGUGUUGCAACGGUGUUUCGUGACAAACUAAGGGAGGUAUUGAACACCAAAAGAUGUCGCCAAGGACCUACCGGGGCCAUCGGCCCGGAAAGAUGGGUAUUAAGCACACGCCACCCGGAUCAGACAAUUACGAUAGGAGAUAGCCUUUCCCCUGAGGUUAAAAACGAUUUGAAACAGCUGCUGAGAAGGAAUGUAGACAUCUUUGCUUUCGAACAUUCUGACAUGACGGGAAUACCCCGCGAUAAGGCAGAACACAAGCUAGCAACACUCCCCGGCAUUAAGCCAGUCGCAUAG